UCUUGUUGAGGAGCAAGAUGUUAAAAUCACUUUCAAGCCUGAAAAACAUGCUGAUGAACUCAUGAAAGUGGCCGAUGAAUCUGUAUCAAAAGUUUUAGAUUGGAUUAAAAGAAGUUCUGGUACUGAAGAUAAGAAACAUGUAUCAGCCAGAUCCCAAGGCUGGGAACCCAAAGAGGAAGUGGACUUCUCAUCCAGAAAAGCAGUUCUUCCUACAGAACACAGUGGGCCUAGCAUGGAUGGAAAAACAAAAGUUAGAAAAGAGUUAUCCUUUGCAAAGGUUAAACAAUGGAAUAGUAUUUCACCUACAUCAUUUAUUUCAGAAGAUACACAGCUGAUAAAAGAGAGGGUGAAAGGGGAAGAGAAUGAGGAGCAAAAUGACAAACCACUAACUGAAUUUGACUCUACAAGAGUUGAAGAAAGAGAACAUGGUCAGGAAAUCAAGCAACAAAAUAAAAAAUCAAAUUUAUUGGAAAAUCAAGAACACAAGCUACCAGUUCAGAAAUGUGAAUCAGAGAAGGCAAUACGAGAAAAAAGAAGAAUAACAGAGAUCAGAGCAUUCUGGGAAAGGGAUAAAACUAUCCCCAGUCACGGAGAGAACAAAGUUAAUAUCAAUACUAAUGUAUCAGGAGGCAGUGCUCUGAAAAGUCUCAGAGAAAGUGACAAAAUAAAACCAACUGCGGUAUACCUACCUAAUGAAUUGGAUGAUCCAAGCAAGAAUAUUUUAAGAAGUGUUGAAGUAAGUUGUGCAAGCCAGGCUUCAAGAAAUGAACAUCAAAACUCUUCUGAGUUUGGACCAGGCCAUGCAGUUGAAAAAGUAGAAAGAACACUUCCAUCUGAUGGUAAAGUUCAUGAAUAUAGAGAAUUGCCAAAAGCCAGUAACUUGCAGCCAAGAGUUGGUGCCACUUCAGCUUCCCUAGAAAACAAAGACAAAGAUGAGAAAGAAACACUUAAAGGAAAAGUUGUUACUUCUUCCCAGCAGAAGCCCAGGUUCCAGAUUUUGUCUUUAAAAGAAAAACUGAAUGAAAAGUUCAAGAAUCAAAUUUCAGAUCCUUCACAGUUCCAGAGUUUGAGAAACUUCUGGGAUACUGGAGUUAAAUUGCAGAAUAGCAUUGAUAGGGGAGAUAUUUCUUUGCCAAAUACUAGUUCAAUAACUUACGAAAGAAAGUCAAGGGAAGAUAAAGGCAGAGAUAAUAUGAGCAAGCAAGAGUUAAUUCAACAACAAACCCAAACAUCUGAGAGAGAAAAACCACAGAAAUUAGAUUCUAUGGUAUGUGAACUGCCUCCAGGAUCACCUACCCUGAAAGGUCUGAAUGUGGCACACACGAAAAAUACAUGCUCUGUCCAGCUGGAAGGAAAAACAGUUAUCUCAAAACCCCAGGAAAAGAUGGUUCUUCCAGAGCAAGAAGUUAAAGAAUGUAUAGAAAAAAGUAUUGUUUCAUCAGAACAUCAUGUUUCCUUGCAGUUUCUCCAGUCACCUCGUGAUAAAGAUGCUUUAAAGGAGACAGCAGUAGAUGAUUGUCUAUGUUUACCUGUAGAAAAAGUGGAGAACAAGACUACUCCAUUAGAUGUCAGUCUCCCUAAAGAGGAAACUGCAGAAACUGUGGAUAAGGUCGCUCUACCUAAAGCUAAGCUUGAUGUAUUCAAAUUAGGCCUAAAGAAGUUAGAAAAGGAAGCCUCUGAGACAUCAUCUAGCUUGAACCUAAAAGAAAACAUUUUGAAAGAGCCAGAUCAGUCCAGGGUCUUUGAAAGAACAGUAGAACAGAGUCAUGACGUUUCUCCUGCUGAUCAAAAAGAAGAAAUAAGCAAAAGCACAGGAAAAAUGAAUGUGGCAUCAACAGAUGAGCAUGAAAACAAAAAAAGCCUCAGGAAAAUGUUUAGGGAAUUUGAACCUUUCUGUCUACAACAUCAGGCAGCAGACAAGGAUGAUACUCUUGAGGGUUCUCGGAGGCCUCAAGCUGGUUUGCAGAACCUGCUCAGAGAAACCUUUGUGUAUCAACCUUCUGAAUAUACAAGGAUGGGAAUGAAAACAUCCAAUGACGUGAAUAGUAUAUCACAAACUAAUUGUAGUAUAGAAUCAACAUGCCAAGAAGAUACUGGUCAGCCUGAAGAGGUCAAUGAGACCGCAGAAAAGUCUGUUGCCCCAUCCAAGGUCAGCAGCUUGAAUUCUGCUUUAGAGAAGCUGAUGAAGGAAGCUUCUGAAACACCACCUCCUAAACCAAAACGUGCCAUUAGCACAGUACAGAGAACUGCUGAGAUGGAUUUUAAAAGCAUGACCUAUGAGCAUGAUAGAGAGUUGCCACAGGAAAUCAGUGAGACCAUAGAAAAGUCUGUUGCCCCAUCCAAGGUCAGUGGCUUGAGUUCUGCUUUAGAGAAGCUGAUGAAGGAGGCUUCUGAAAUGCCACCUCCUAAACCGAAACGUGCCACUAGCACAGUACAGAGAACUGCUGAGAUGGAAUUUAAAAGCAUGACCUAUGAGCUUGAUAGAGAGUUGCCACAGGAAAUCAGUGAGACCAUAGAAAAGUCUGUUGCUCCAUCCAAGGUCAGUGGCUUGAGUUCUGCUUUAGAGAAGCUGUUGGAAGAGGCCUCUGAAACACCACCUCCUAAACCAAAACGUGCUGACAGCACAGUACAGAGAACUGCUGAGGUGGAAGUUAAAAGCACAACCUAUGAGCAUGAUGGAGAGUUGCCACAGGAGAUAAGUGAGACCAUAGAAAGAUCUGUACUGUCCAAAGCUGAAUAUGAAGUAUCUGAUGUUAAUUUGCUGAAGCUACCAAAGGAGAUCUCUGAAACACCAGCUUCUGUGGUGGAAAAUGCGGAUAAGAAAAUACAAAGUAAAAUACAGACUAGUCAAAGUUUGCAUGCUCCACAUCAACAAGAGAGAGAUCCUCCUCAAGAAAUACAAGAAACAAUAGAAAAAACUUCUGUUUCAAAUAUUGCAAAAUUCACUGAAUUCAGUAGUUCUUUAGAACAGCUUCUUCAAGAAGCAUCUGAAACUUCAUCUCCAAUAUCCAAAGAGUUACAUAAACCAGAAAAGUUUGGGGAUCAUACAUUUCCAUCACAAAAAGAGACUCUAUUCAUGACAAUGUCACAGCCGUAUAGUGCUUUAAGUAGCUAUCAUACACAGAUGAAGAUAGCUGUCAAAGGGGGGGCUCCAGAACAAAAUAUCAAAGCUUCAUUAAAUGAUCCUGCAGUAAAUGAAAUUGAAGCUUCUGAUCUUCCUAGAAGAAAUGGAGGUAUUAAUAAAACAGAAAAGAGAAGCAUGGCUCCAGUUGAUCUUCUUCCCUUGGAAGGAGAGACCAAUAUGAUUGCAAUCAAGCCAUUCAAGAUAAAUGAAAAAGGAAGGAGAGAUGAAAGCACAUCCUUGGAUGCCUCUGAAAAGAAUUCAGAAUUUAAAGCACUGUUGAAAUUCAGAAGAGCAAGCACACCACUUAAAGAUGAGAGCAUCUCCCCCCAGCCAGAAGGAACUCAACUCUGCCUAAGGUCUCAGCAUGACGAUAAUGAUGAAGAGGAAGGGGACAGCUCAAAUUUGGGAUCCAAGUUUUCAGAUGAAAACUCUGAGUCCUACUCUGGAACCAGAAGUUCAACUUGUUCAGAAGAAGAAUUAAACCCUGUUUUGAUGGCUUUGAAAAGGAGUGCAGAUAGGAAAAUGGCUUCCAAAAGUCUAGAGGACAUUUCAUCAGCCACCUCAAAUAAAGGAAAAAUAAAUAAUCCAAAGGAAGAAUUAGCUCUUAGUGCUGAAGAUGGUCUGAAACCUGAUCAGCAUCAAGAGAGGAAUGAAAAUACAGCAGGAAUUUCCACAGUGCCUCCACAGCCUGAUAAGCUGUUUUCCAAUCCUGAAAAACUCAAAGGACUGAGCAAGUCAGUACCAUCAUUCCUACAGGAAGAGAGUGAUAACAGAGAGACAGAUACAGCAUCAGAAAGCAGUUAUUCCCUUGGCAGAAUCAAGAAGAGUCCCAGCUCUCUAACCACUCUUAGCGGCUCUUCUGGCAUGGCCUCCUUAUCCUCUGUGAGCGGAAGUCUAAUGAGCAUUUAUAGUGCAGACUUCGGCGAUGUUGAUGUGAAGGGGAACAUUCAGUUUGCUAUUGAUUAUGUAGAACAGCUGAAUGAGCUCCACAUUUUUAUUUGCCAGUGUAAAGACUUGGCAAUGGCAGAUGUUAAGCGACAGCGUUCAGACCCGUAUGUAAAGACCUACCUGCUUCCGGAGAAGUACAAGCUGGGCAAACGGAAGACCUCUGUCAAAAAAAAAACUUUUAAUCCAGUCUAUAAUGAAAUACUGCGGUAUAAAAUUGAGAAGGGUCUCCUAAAGAACCAAAGCCUUAAUAUCUCUGUCUGGCACAAUGAUACCUUUGGGAGGAACAGCUUCCUUGGUGAAGUGGAGCUGGAUUUAGGAACUUGGGACUGGAAUGAUAAAUCCAACAAGCAGAUGAAUUGGUUUCCACUCAAGCCAAGGACUUCAACAAUGGCUUUUAAACUAGAAAACAGAGGGGAGAUGAAACUAGCCCUCCAGUAUGUUCCACACCCUGUUGGAGGAAAGAAGACUCUCUCUACUGGUGAGGUCCACAUCUGGGUGAAGGAAUGCCAUGACCUUCCUCCUCUAAGAGGCAACAGGCUCAACUCUUUUAUUAAGUGUACCAUUCUUCCAGAUACUAGCAGAAAAAGUCGCCAGAAAACAAGAACAGUAGCAAAAACUACAAACCCAGUAUUCAACCACACCAUGGUCUAUGAUGGCUUUAGACCAGAAGAUUUGAAAGAAGCCUGCAUAGAACUUACAGUCUGGGAUCACAACAAACUAGCCAACCACUUUCUGGGAGGUCUCAGGAUAGGCCUUGGAACAGGCAAAAGCUAUGGAACUACAGUAGACUGGAUGGAUUCUACUUCAGAUGAAACUGCCCUUUGGGAGAGGAUGAUGAACUCGCCGAACACAUGGAUAGAAGAUACACUACCUCUCAGGAUGCUAAUGGUUGCAAAAUUGACAAAAUAAGGUGGCUUUUUAAUUGCUAGUGUCAAAAGGAAACCUUGGUAAUUAAAUUAAAGGUGUGGGAGUGAAACUUGGAAGAGGAACACAGUAGCUCUUUUGACAGUCUCUGCUCCGUUGCUGUUCUGGUUUUGUGCUGUCAAAUGUCACUUCGUAUUUCAGUUAAACUUCUGCCUGCAGGUUACUAUGUAAAUUUAAGGGAUUCUUUUAUUUCUUAGUCACUGAAAAUGACUUCAACAAAGAAGGCACUUGCAGAAUUCAGUGGUAGAGGUAGCUGUGAUACCUGGAUGCUUGUGUUGCCUAACUGAAGCAGUGCUGAUCCCUUAAAUAAUGUAAAUUACCAGCAAAAAAUUCAGAGCGAGUUAACUCUUUCUGUACACUUCUAGGAUUGUUCAUGAAGUGUUAUUAAUAAGACAGCAGCAGGUUGCAUUUUGUUCGUGCUCAUUAGUAUGUGUUUGUAUCCUCAUUAUGCCAUGUCAGAUCUCUCCAGUGAGGAAUACGAGCAUGAAGAAUUUUUUUGAAAGUUCCUUUAUUUGUAGUUGUACAUUUCUAGGAUAUGAAAGUUGUUUCUGUAAUGAAAGAAGCAUUACAUGAAGUGGUACUGUCCAUGUCCUAUUCUGCAAGGUGCAGAGGACUGUUAAUUCCAAUGUACUAUAAACAAAAUCAGGGUUAUAAAAAGUUUGCUUAUAUAUGCGUUAAUCAUCUUGCUAGUAUACAAUCCUUACUCUUAAAUGCUGAAGGCAUAGAGGUGAAACUUUUUUUAUUCCAAUGCUACUCUAAAGGAUCUAAACAUGCCAAUUUUAGUGCUGACAAGUAUGUUGGGUAUUUAUUCUGUAAAGUGUACUCCUCUGUACCUGUAUCUAUUAGCUUGGUUUUUUGCAAAAAGUAAUUUAUCUGUGCUUCAGCGCCACCGUUAGGAGAAUGCUGGGAUUAUGGUGGUCUUGGUUUAGAUAGCUUUGCAGCAUAGGAAAUCGGACUGGAAUUUGUAACUUGUAGAAAUGCAUGCUACUAAAGAAAGAUAAAUGCAUAAAAUACAAAAUGUAUUAAUUUUUUUUAUUAAAGUCAGCCUAUUAAAGCUAAAUAGGAAUUCAAUGUUUAUUAAAACCCAGUGUUUUAUGUUAGCAAUUCAGCAUGCAAUAUAAAAAAAUGCAGACAGAAAGCGUUUCUGAAAAUAAAUGCACAUUUAUUUUUUCCAACUGUGUAGGUCUAAAAGCUGGUGAAAUCUUGCACCUCAGUUAGAGUACAGAGGAGAAGGGGGCUUUUCACAGCUCCAACUCAGUUGCUUAAUUGAAUCACAGAAAUUUAAAUGCUACUUGGUAUUUAUUAUACACUAUGAAUGGAAAAAAGGAAAGGUGCUGUUCAACCUGCCAGGGAACCCACUUUCUCUUGUCAGUCUUGAUCUCUUACUGCUUCAGGUGUUUUGGAUGAGAUUGGCAGCUGCUACAAAUUCCACUUUCCCCAGAUACAUACAAAACAUUUGUCUUGUAUGACUAGGGAACAGCGUGUGUGUGACACUUCAGAACAAUGUGUUUGUACUUAAAUGGUACAGCACCUACUUUGCUUCUGUAUUUUUAAAUAGCCACUCCUGAAAGGGUGGUGAUUCUGGAAAAGUGAAGAGGCACCUAGUUUAUUUGUAUUCACUGCCUAUAUGAAUUCAUUUUCACCUGAAAACAUAGGCUGCUGUGAACAUGACCUAUAGUUUCAUAGGAUUAAAGUUUUUGUUGUUGUUGUAUUUCCUCUGAAGCUGAAAUACAUUGCUAUGUCAAAAUAGCUUUGGGACUUCAGAUGUAGGGAUGGGGUCUUGAGGCUCUAGAUUUGCAGGCAAGUGUCAUGUAAUCCGCUGUGUUCUACACUGUACAAAAUUUUGGUAGUUAAACUUGAAUGCCAUCAAAAUAAAAUGUUUGGUUUGUGACAGUGUCAA